UCGAGAGGUUAUUUGUAUGUACAUGUACCUAUUCGGUAAAAAUAUAGGUUUGAGUACGAAGGUCUGAAAACCGAAUGAUUGAAGACCAGGUAUAACAUUUCUUUAAACAAGCUUGGUUUUUACUUCCUGGUUAAGUCAUUAGCGUCGGCCUUGGAGGGAUUCGUGUUUAUCAACGUAGACAACUUUUAUAUUGUAUCGUUACCUCUGGCAAACAGCAUGACCUGGCAGAACGUUUGGUGGAGUUGUCGGCUGAUAACCACUGCGAGGUACAUAGAGACCUACUUAUCCAUUGCUUCAGAUGGAGUCACAAGUUCGACAGCAGACACAGCCUAGGAUACUGAAAAGAGACCUGAAGAACAGUCCAUACAUUUUAGUGGCAGCAUUGGACUUCGGCACAACCUACUCGGGGUACGCAUUCUCAUCACGGCUGGAGUAUACCAAAAACCCAUUGAAUAUCAAUACACUUGUAUGGCAAGCAGGAUCCGGAAAUCUCGCUUCCCUAAAGACUUCUACGUGCGUUCUGUUUAAACCAGACGAAAGUUUUGACACGUUUGGUUUUGAAGCCGAAGACAAGUACGCCAAGCUGAUAAACGACGAUAAGCACCAUGACUGGUUCUUUUUUAGACGCUUUAAGAUGUCACUUUAUGAGCAAAAGGAUAUCACCAGAUCCAUGAAAUUGUAUGCACAAAAUCAGAAACCAAUGCUGGCAAUGAAAGUGUUUGCAGAAGCAGUAAAGUAUCUGAAGGACCAUCUCCUUGAUACUUGUAAGAAAAGGAGGUUAGAAUUGCUGAUGUCUGACGUCAGAUGGGUCCUGACAGUGCCUGCUAUUUGGAAUGACCGAGCAAAGCAAUUCAUGAGGGAAUGCGCUCAGCAGGCUGGAAUCCCAGGAUAUCAACUCGUCCUGUCGUUAGAAGCCGAGGCGGCUGCUAUGUUCUGUAAAUACCUACCGCUGAAAGACAUGUCUGUUGGAAAAGUGGGAGACAACCUGGUGGUGUUUCGACCUGGGUCGCGAUAUAUGGUGGUGGAUGUUGGUGGAGGAACCGUUGAUAUCACGGUACACGAGGUGCUGGAAGGUCUGAAGCUGAAAGAGGUUUACAUGGCAAAUGGAGGGGACUGGGGCGGGACCAUGGUCGACAAGGAGUUUGAAAUGCUUCUUUCUGAAAUCUUGGGAGCUGAUGUUUUUAACGAGUUUAAGCAAAAACAUGUUGCUGACUACCUAGAGCUACAAAGGUCGUUUGAAACUAAGAAAAGAUCAAUCUCAUCAGCGACUGACGCAAAAAUUACGUUUACUCUCCCAAUCAGUCUGAUGGACACUUUCGCCGAUAUGCAUCCAAAUAAAACCGUCGAGGAAAGCAUAUCCUCUAACAAGAAGUAUGCAAAUAACCUCACGUGGAAGAUGGAUAGACUGCGAAUCAAGUCUGAGCUAGCUCAAACGAUGUUCCGACAAUCUGUCCAGAAGAUAAUAGAUCACGUGGUAGAGCUGAUGGAACACACAGAGGUAGAACAGACUCAGGCCAUCCUUCUCGUCGGCGGAUACUCGGAAUGUCCUCUACUACAGACGGAAAUUUCCGCCAAGUUCCCGGACAAGCGUCUUGUCAUUCCAAACGAGGCUGGCCUUGCCGUCUUGAAAGGUGCCGUAAUCAACGGUCAUGAGCUAGACAUAAUCACGGAAAGGAUCAGUAGGUAUACAUAUGGUACAGAAACGUCGGUAGUAUUUAUUCCGGGGAAACAUCCAAGGGAGAAGUAUUUUAUGGGUGGAGGUUUGGCACGUUGUCAUGAUAUAUUCAGCGUACAUGCACAAAAAGGACAGUCAAUUCCUGUGUGGCAGAGUUUAAAACCCCACCAUUAUACUGUCACAGAACCGUUUCAAACAAAGCUAUUUUUCGAUAUCUACAUUUCGCCCUACCCAUCACCUGAGUAUGUUACAGACGAGGGUUGUGAAUGUAUUGGUUCACUUGUAAUUGAAAUACCCGACACUAGCAAAGGACUGAAUAGAGGAGCAGACGUCCAGUUUACAUUCGGUGGCGCGGAGAUAGAAGUCCAUGUGACGGACAGCGACUCAGCUGAGGAAAGAGUAUCUUAUCUCAAUUUUCUUGGUUGACAACAACGUUAAAGUCGAAUGAUAUCGUAUAAUAUGAAGCUACUUGUAUCAAUAGUGAGUAUAUUCAAAAUAGCAGACGAUAACUUGUUAAGGUACAUUGAAUGUUAGAUGAUUUGUAGUAGCAAGUGUCUGCAAGGUUAACACAUAUAGGACUAGGGACAAUGCUUUGUUGUAUAUACAAUAGCAAGGUCUCUGUGAAAAAUAUUAUGAAUAUACCAUAAAUCAUCAACAGAGACUGGACUUUCAGAUUUAUCAAUAGUUUACCAGACAUGUUUGUCAGUAGUGCUUAAUCAUGUCAAUGCCUCUUUUACCCCGUAAUAAUAGAAUCCAUUCCUGAUGUGAGGUAUGGAUAAUGUAAUUCAACCGCAAGGGGAAAAAAUAUUGAGAAGGAGACCCGAGGCUUUGCUCAAUAUUUAAUCACGAGGGUUUGAAUUACCUUAUCCAUACUUCACAUCCGGGAUGGAUUCUAUUUCUUGCUUGUUACCUAAAACCCGUAA